AUGAAUGUUGAAGAACAAGUAGCCAAGUUCUGGGGGCUGGAAGAGUAUUCAGACCGGAAAAUACUUUCUCAAGAAGAAAAAGAGUGUGAACUUUACUUUUCACAAACGAGCAAACGUGAUGAGAGCGGUAGAUUUAUCAUCAAUAUUCCUUUCAAAGAGAAUCCAAGCAUCUUAGGUAAUUCAUACAACGGAUCAUUACGACGAUUGCAUAGUCUGGAAAACAAAUUACAAAGGAACCCUGUGCUCAAGGAACAAUACACCGCAUUUCUUGAAGAAUAUGAAGCAUUACAUCACAUGAACAAGGUAGACGAUACUUCACAGUCAACAACCGCCUACUACAUGCCGCAUCACGCGGUCAUCAGAAGCGAGAGCCCAACCACAAAAAUUCGUGUAGUCUUCGAUGCAUCAGCAACCACAGAUAACGGUAUUUCAUUGAAUCAUAUUCGAAUGGUUGGACCCACAUUACAAGAUGACCUGUUCUCAAUACUUGUCAGAUUUAGAAGCCAUGCAUAUGUGGUAGCAGCGGAUAUCGAGAAAAUGUACAGACAAAUACUCGUCGCCCCAGAACAGCGCUCGCUACAAAGAAUAUUGUGGCGCAAAACUACCGAGGAUCCAAUAGAAGUGUUCGAAUUAAAUACAGUCACAUACGGCACUGCAUCAGCACCUAUCUAG